CAAUUUCAGAAAUCAAUAUGAAAUAUUUUGCUGUUCUGCUGCUGCUCUGCUGCCUCAUGGCAAGCGCUUUGGCCACACUCAAGUCGCCUGUUUGCGGCGAGGAGGUUGGCAAGAAGGGCGAUUGCAGGGCCUCGCUACCGAAGUGGACUUAUCGCGAGGAUAAAAACGAAUGCACCGAAUUCCUGUACAGCGGCUGCCAUGGCAAUGCCAAUCUGUUUGAUGACAAAGUAAAGUGUGAACAGACUUGUGUAGUUUAAGCUUGAAAACCUUAGCUGUUAUGUGAAUAAAUUUUAAAGAUUUUAAUG